CGCGAGCUACCACUCCCGCGGGCCCCCUCCGCGGGAGGAGAUGGGCCCCGCUCCCCGCCACUCCCCCUCUUCUUCUUCGGGGGGGGGGGGGUGCUCGUGCUCUCCUCUCCUCCCUCCCUCUCCCGCUCACACGCCUGCCUGCUGCCUGACACAUGCUACAACCUCCCUGUCCUGGCGAGCCGUCAGAGGAUUGCCUCCUCCUCGUAUUCCUCACCUUCUGUUUGGUCACCUGUGGCGUCACGCUUUAUAAGGGCACUCGACCGGCAACCCUCUUCCCUACCCACGCCACGAGUAGAGACUAGAGAGCUUUUGCCGCAGCUGCUGCGCGCCGGUCGGAGAGGAAGAGCAGAGGGACACUGAGGGACAGAGGAGGGGAGAGACAGAGAUGGCGAUGGCGAUGGCAGUCGGAGGAGGAGCGGAGGUGGAGGAGGGGGUGACGAGGGUGCUGGUGGUGGACGACUCCCCCGUCGACCGCCGGGUGGCGCAGCUCCUGCUCAGCAGCGGCUCCUGCGCCGGCUCAUUCCACGUCAUCGCCGUGGACAGCGCCAAGAAGGCCAUGGAGUUCCUCGGCCUCAAGGACGGCAAGGAGCAGGCCAUCGACAUGGUGCUCACCGACUACUGCAUGCCCGAGAUGACCGGCUACGACCUGCUCAAGGCCGUCAAGGCGCUGAACCCCCGGAAGCCGAUCCCGGUGAUCGUCAUGUCGUCAGAAGACGAGCCCCAGCGGAUCAGCAGAUGCUUGAGCGCUGGUGCUGAGGACUUCAUCGUGAAGCCCCUGCAGAGCAAGGACGUGCAGCGCCUCAGGAACUGCUCCGCCGCCAGGUCGUCCAACAGGGCCUCCCCGCCGUGCGAGUGCGACGCCGCGGCCAAGAGGAAGCCGCUGGUGCUGCCGCCCUCCGCCGCCGCGUCGCCGUCACUGCCACGGCGGGCGAGCUUCGCCGGAGGAGUCGCCAUGGUCCUGCACUCGUCGCGCGUGGAGCUCUCGCAGCACUUGCCGCUGCUGCUCAAGCUCGUCGUGCUGGCCUACGCCGUGGUGUGCGUGGGCGAGCUCCUGCACAGAUGGUCGUCGCGCGGCGGCUGCUCGCUCGCCCUCUGGUGCGCCUGAUCGAGCAGCGGCAAUCCGGCAAAGCCGCGGUGCGGCAGGGCCCAACAGGAGACUGAUGCAUUGCAAACCCAGAGCUCUUUUCCUGCAGCCUCUGCUGCACCGAUCACUGGGCGUUUUCAGGCUCCAACAGCCGCGGAGAUUCUAGCUUAGCCUUUAGGUAGAUUGUUUGCUUUGAGAUUCUAACCGGGGUUUCGAUGAUGAGCCGGCGGCCAUGGCUGCUGCCUCGUGGGUGGCCUCUGUUCGGUGGGAGAGACAUGGUGAGGAGCCGACAACCCCUUGUAUCCUUGUACAGAAUCAGAAUGCGAUGCGUGAUCGAUCUGAGCAUGUACCUGGCGUCCUUUUUGGCCUGGAUCUUGGAGUCGAUACGCUGAUGCGACGCCGGGGGGCGUCUCUUCCCGCCUUUCGUCCUGGGUGAUGUCGACUGCUCACCGGUUUUUGUAGUUCAGACGAUCGGAUCGGAUCGGAUCCCAUGAGAAAGAGGGCAACGCAAGUUGACUAGAUGUAGCACCAGAUCCUUCUGAUGGGGAAAGGUAGAAAUAGGUGGUACUACCUCCCAACUCAGUGAUUGUGAUCUUUAUUACUUCUGUAAGAUUGAGCUGUGUAAUUGCAGUACCCUUCAUUUUGUUGUUCUACCUGUUA